AUGGAUCAGCAGCAGUACUGCCUCAAAUGGAGCAACUACUCGUCGAACCUGGCGGCGGCCUUCUCCAACCUGUUCGAUUCAGCAACGCUGACAGAUGUCACGCUGGUCUGCGGAGGAACCAUCUUCAACGCUCACAAGGUCAUCCUGGCGGCUUGUUCAAAAAACUUUGCCGAUCUGUUCGAGCGGGCUCCAGUCGGUACGGGACAGAUAUGCGUCAUGCUGGAGGCCACCUCGGCAGACAACAUGCACGCCUUGCUCGAGUUUAUGUACAAAGGCGAAGUGCACGUGUCACAGAAGGCGCUGGAAAGCUUUCUGAAAGCCGCUGAGAAUUUGCAGGUCAAAGGUCUCACGACAGAGCACGGCAAGUUUGCCAGCGCGAACGCAGCCCAACCCCAAACGCCCAACAACCUGCCAUCACCCGCUUCACGCCGACAGCAGCGAAACUCUCUGUCGGCUUCUCUUGAAUCCAUUAACCGGGUCGUUAAAAAUGAACCCCUAUCCGGGAGUGGUGCAGGAGGGGGAGGCUGUGCAGGCGGCGGCGGUGGAGGCGGUGGGAGUACGACACCGAAUUUUUCCUCCUAUCUGCAACCGUCCUAUCUGCCGCAGCCGUACGAAAGUUCCAGAAAACGUUCGAUCCGCAGCCCGUUCUACGAGCACCAGGAAGCCACUGCCAGAGGAAGCGUACUGCGGGACGGCAAAACUAGCAUCCCGGGUAACGACAGUCCGGUGAGCGGCAGCAAGAACUAUCGACCUUCGAGCAGCGGAUCAUCGGCAGCGGCGACGGAAGCGGACACGGUACACACGGAUCGGGACUCGCCGCAACAAUCCAAUCGCUACGAAAACCACAGCCCCAGCACGACACAUCACGGCAACGGAAAUGGACCGGUAUCUUCGAACACAUUGGAAAGGGACGACCGAAGUGAACGGGCGUUAUCGGAGGACAAGCUGAAAGGUGACAUCAGGGAAGGAAAUGAGGCUGGUGCCGAGGACCUACGAGUGAAAAUGGAAAUGCGACCGAUCCAAUCUCCUUUGACUUCAUCUGCUCCGCCUACACCAACGACGCCCGUGGGAUUCAUCAACGUGAAAGGUGGGCUACCCGGUGGACUGGACGGAACGAUGCCUUCGGUGGACGUGUUGACGAUGUUGAGUGCUCAAAGGGCCGGAGUAGCAGCUGCCGAUGGCUCUCUUCCGCCCGGUAAGAAGCUACAGUGCCAUCUCUGUGAUCGCCAGUACGGCUACGAGACGAAUCUGCGUGCACACAUCCGCCAGCGACAUCAAGGUAUUCGCGUGCCAUGCCCGUUCUGCAGUCGAACAUUUACCCGGAACAAUACGGUCCGGCGGCACGUCGCCCGAGAACAUAAACAGCAGGAACAGUACAUGCAGAAUCAACUGCAUAGCUAA